GAUAAAUGCUUGUUUUUUCCAGAAUGCUAGCCCUGCGCUGAUUGGUCGAAGCACUGCGGUCAGCUGUGAAGAGGAGACUAUAAAGUUUCGGAGCAAGUCAGCCGAAUGGCUGUGUGAAAGUACGGAUGGAGAGAGAGUGUGUGGCGAGUGAGUGAGCUUGAGAAAGUCUGGAUGUGUGUGGAUGUAUUUAACAGAGAACGUUUAUCAAACUUAACUUAUUUUACAAUAUAUCGCCUACGUCGGCUAUAACGCACUUUUGAAAAGAAACUAAAGAAUUCCACGAUGGUUGCGACUAGCACACUGAAAAGCAAAAACGCAGAAUGCAUUUCGGAACUGAUAGACCGCAGAUAUGACCAGGCGUUCCUUGACGAUGAGCUGGACUACUGGGACCACUCGCUGGUGGAGCCCAACCUGAACAGCGAGGUACUGGAGGACCGCGCGUGCCAGCAGCUAGCCAAGAUGUUUGAGAACUGCCUUUCGCGGGCCAAGAAGACCAAGCUGCACUGCUCGGAGGUGCUGGUGCCCGAGAAGCUGACCAGGCGGAUAGCCCGGGACGUCCUGCGGAUGGCGUCGGGCGAGCCCUGCGGCCUGAGGGGCUGCGUCCUGCACGUGCUGCUGGAGGUGGAGAACAUGUGUAAGAAGCUGGAGCGCAUCGCCUACGACCCCAGCGUGGUGCCCACCUUCGAGCUCACGCUGGUGUUCAAGCAGGACGGCAGCGCCUGGCCCAGCCUCAGGGACUUCUUCCUCAUCGGGGCCUGCUUCGCCCCUCGCUUCCGCCAUGCGCUCAAGCUCAGCCCGGGCUUCCGCCUCAUCAAAAGGAAAUUGUACUCUUCCUCGGCUGGUACCGUGGUGGAGGAGUACUGAGGAGGAUGAGGAGGAGGAGGAAGGACGGACAUGAUAUACUUGCACAUUUCUGUGGAUUCUCUGAAUGUAUGGGUCACUCAGUUGAGUGGCAAGUUUGUUUUUUUUUUUUUUUUUUUAAUUGCCCACUGCGUUCAGGCAACAUUUGUCCUUUUGUUUGGCUCUGAGGCAAGUUCUGUUUUUUUUUUUUUUUGUCUUCAGACAGGUCAGCAAUUGCCAACAUGAGUAAAAAAGAGGGUCUGAAAAUAGUAAUACUCUUGCAUUUAAGAUCCAGUAAAUUGAGGACAUGUACUAAUGGAACCCAGGGUCAUAUGAGUUGCAGUCGCUACAGGUUCAAGUGGCAGGGGAUAGGGCUGGGUUCUUGGUGGCCUCUGUGUCACAGGUGUGUAGGUCACCAUUCCAUGGAGUCAUGAGAGCUACCACAAAUACUCAUAGGAAUGGGAGCUUGGGUUUCCUCAGUGGAUCCAAAUCCGUUUAUGCACUUUUAUAUCGAAGGAGAUGCAGAUGAGUUAUCAUGCAGCCUUUUAUACACUCCCUCCAGUUGGACAGGUGUAUUCUAGUCAGUCUUAAGGGAAUAAAAUCGAUCUUGACACUUGUCACUCUAAAUCCAUGUUUCAAAAUGGAUUUUGUUCUGAUUUGUCCACUUGUGAAACUGCAGGCUCUCAUUUUGGAAGCUUAAGAACUGAAAAGUUUUGGGGGAUCACAGCUCCAGAUGUGCAAUACUCUGUUUAAAAAAAUCCUUUUGUAAAGCAGAUGGCAAGUCAUCAAAUGUCAGUAUGCAGCUUGUUUGCCAGUGGCACGGGAUCUCUGAAAUGUGGAAGUGAAGUUCAAAUUCCCAGAGAUUCCCAGAAGUGCCUUUCAAAUGUUGAGCCAUUAAAAAGGAGCUGAAUUGGAUUCUGACUGCCCGUUUGUUUAGUUUGCACUUGUAGUUUUCAGUCCGAUUUUGUUGCACUACGGGAAUUCUAUGUACGUUCAUUUGCUUAAUGUAGUGGUCAUCUUUUUUACACUAAAUGUUCUACCAUUACAUUGCCUUUCCAGGGUGAUUAUGGCUGCAGUGCUCUUUAUUUG